AAAAUCGGUUUCUGCAAAGGCUCUGUAGUAAACAGUCGUCCAGAACAAUUUGUCACAAUAUCCUGUGAAAUCUACAGUCAUCAGGAUCCUGCCACUGAAGAGGAAAACCAGGAAGCUAACCAGACACCUGGAAAAUCCAGGCAGGAUCAACAAGCUUCCCCUUCAGAUGCCAAUCCUUUCUCCCCACACCUGGAAAAAACAGUGGGCUGGGUUAAAAUUCUACCCCCUUCAAAUGAGGACAUCACUUUCCAUAGCCUACGAGAAAGUCAAAAUGAAGAUAAAGACAGAAAGCCUGUUCCUCCUAAGGCUGUGGGAUCUGCACACAGUAGUGAUGGAGAAAAGACUCAAGUAAACAAACCAGACUUGACCAAGCCAGUCACUGGACCAGUUAUUCUCCCUUUUCCUGAAGAACCUUCUCUAUCAGAUUCAUGUCCAGGAGAAGCAAAGCAGGCAGAAGGCAUUCUCCAUCCUCUGAUAACUAGAAAGCCUACCACAGCCUAGCCAGCACCCGAGCACCAAAACUGUCUGCAACAAAAUAACAGCCAAAAUGGCAACAUGGUUUUCAAUUCGUGUAACAGCUUCAAAUAAAUAAACGGUUUAGUACAGCCUUCA